GGACGGACCAGCGUUGCGAUCAGACGCAACCCAGAAAAUUCAGAUACCUAUAUAAAUUGAGGCGAGAUAAAGUUGAGGAGAAAAAAAAUCAUUGGGAAAAGAACGUGUCAGCGGAAAUCGGCAGAAGGGCUGGAGAAACAAAGGAAGCCACGAGCAAUUGAAUAAAGGAAAGAAUAUUACAAAGAGAUGUUUCGGCGGGGACGAUGUUUCCAUCGAGACCGGGGGGAUCCCGCCUCGAGGGGCCGGCAGGAAGCCGCCUCAACAUCCAUCAUAAGAGGCCGGGAUGAAGCCGCCUCAGCAGCUGUCGUGAGAGGCCAGCAGGAAGCCGCUUCGGAGAAAGAACAGAGCCGUUUGGAAUUUAGUCGAGCUGGCCGUCGUGUAGUAGGCCCACGCCAAUCGGUCUUUGGCCGUCUAGGUCCAAGCGUGAGCGGGGAAUUACCACCCUAUCCCAGUCACACGACGGAAUUCCGAGCCUGCAGAGCUCCAACAACAACAACGAUAACGGCAACUUCCACUCCAACAACAACAACGACAAUUACAAGCACCACAACAACGGCUACUACAUCAGUGACCAGAAAGUCCACCACAGCAGCAAAAACAACAACUCAACCUACAGUGCAGACUACCACCAGGAAACCACCACCAAGUCCUAAAUCUUUUUCUGCGCUACGAACAACUCCAGCGGACGAUGUCCUAGCGGCUGAACGUAAAAGGAAGGCAAAUCAAAAACGUAGAGAGCUGCGGAAGACCAAGCUGUUAAAAUUGGCCAUGGGGGAAGAACCAGUGAGGAAUCCUGAAGCCGUACAGAAGCUUUGGCUCCAUACAGCAGGGCCUGAGGAGUUUAAGAAGUGGGAACAGGAAGGACGGCCGAAGUUGAGGGUGGCCAGUGAACCCGGGACGUUCCCUGAGGAAUAAAAACCUAGAAUAAGGCUCUUCUUAAAUAAAACCGUUCUGAUUUUCAUAUAAUCACUAUACUUAUUACGUCCCAGACAACAUCCUCUAUCCUUGAGGACGAGGCUCUGGAAUCAGCGACCCGGGUGACAGUCUGGCAGGGGGGAGUGUAACGGGGUGA